AUGAUCUAUGAUCGUGGAGAUCCUCGUCAGGCGUGGGAGAAUAGACUGAGUGUCCAUGAGGACGAAUAUGUCGGCGGAAAAGUGAGCCUACCUGCCGCGAGCGAGAUCCCCAAUGUCGAUCUCCAAGUCAUCAACUACCACCGACCUCUCCUUGGAACGUUCCAUGCUAAACUCACUGUGAUUGACCGGCGCAUGGCGCUCCUCCAGAGCAGCAAUAUCCAAGAUAACGACAACCUUGAGAUGUUGGCUCAUAUCGAGGGCCCAAUUGUUGAUUCUUUCUAUGACGCUGCUUUACUGUCGUGGGGAAAGGCUCUCGACCCCCCAUUCCCACUUCUGAAUUCUCCUGCGAGGGAUGCUCCGAUACCAUGCCAUGAAGAAAGGAGCGAUGUUAUCCCUCCAGAGAAUGGAGAUAGAGCUCUUCCUGAGCAUACGACCGAUUCUCCACAUUAUGAUAGUGACUUUGAACAAGAGGCCCGGAGAGUCAACGAUUGUAUCCACCCACAAGGUGACGAAACACGCACACAGGCCGUCAGCCGUCAUCUCAAUACAACCAUCCAGCCUGACACAACGGGCGACGCACCAGAAAGUGAUCAGGAUGAUCCGUUCAAUCCUUACAUGAUUCUACCUCGCCACGAGCCCUUCGCGAUGGCGUUGGUAAACAGGGAACCAUAUGGGUCCCCGAAUCACAGCCACGUGCACACCCCGCAAAAUGCAGCGUGGCUAUCCGCAAUCAACAAUGCCCAGCAAUCAAUCCUCAUCCAAACACCCAACAUGAACGCCGAGCCUCUACUGGAGCCCCUCCUCAAUGCCGUUCGCCGCGGCAUUGUGGUAUCCUGCUAUCUCUGUCUUGGCUACAACGACGCAGGAGAGCUCCUCCCGUUGCAAAAUGGGACCAACGAAAUGAUUGCGAACAGGCUGUAUAACGACCUCGAAACCGAGGACGAGAAAUCUCGUCUACAGAUAUUCUAUUAUGUCGGCAAGGACCAAACUCGUCCGAUUCAUAACAGCUUUAAGAAGCGGAGCUGUCAUAUCAAGUUGAUGAUUGUCGACGAGCAGAUUGCAAUUCAAGGUAACUCCCAUGACACACUAGGAGAGAAGCAUGCAUUAUGCAAGGAUCUAACAAUCUUUCCAGGUAACGGGAACCUCGACACCCAGUCAUUCUUCCACAGCCAGGAAAUCAAUGUCCUACUUGAUUCCGCCCUCGUUUGUCGUGCUUGGACCGAGUUGAUCAAUCGCAACCAAAACACUGCCAAAUAUGGCGCUGCAAGUAAGAUGGACGGCUGCUGGCAUGACCCUGAGACCGACGAGAUUCCGGCGGGCUCCAUGGGGCCUAUCCGGGGUUGGUUCAGUUGGGCUAAGGGAGCUGCUGGUGCUAUACGGCGGGUGAGAGGUGUUGGCGGAUUUUAG